CGCAACACACGAAUUAAUAAUAAUGUCAACUCAGCAGCAGCAACAGCAAUAGUUAAACCACAAUCAAUUAAUUGCUAAGAAUCGUCAAAAACAACACUCGUUCUCAAUUGAACACAAUCAACGCAAUGGAUUUCACGACCUUCGUGAAUCCUUCAAAUGGCGGCGCCUCAAACAACGAAAAUGAAACGGAAACAGCAAAGAAAUUGCAAUUCUGGAAACAUGUCGAGUACAUUGAGAAUCAUGGUAAACAGGAGGAUGACUUCGAGUAUUGUAUGACCGAGUUUCUGCGCAUGUCCGGCAUCUAUUGGGGCGUCACAGCACUGGACAUUAUGGGCCAGCUGGAUCGCUUGGAUCGCCAGUCUAUCAUUGAGUUCGUCAAGCGUUGUCAGUGUCCCACAAGCGGUGGCUUCUCACCCUGCGAAGGUCACGAUCCACACAUGCUUUAUACGUUGUCUGCGGUGCAAAUCCUUUGCACCUAUGAUGCCCUCAACGAGAUCGAUUGUGACGCUGUGGUGCGUUAUGUGGUGGGACUGCAGCAGCCCGAUGGCAGCUUCUUUGGCGACAAGUGGGGCGAAGUCGAUACAAGAUUCAGUUUUUGUGCCGUGGCCACAAUGACACUGCUGCAGCGACUGGAGGAGAGCGUGGAUGUCGAGAAGGCGGUUAAGUUUGUGAUGUCGUGUUGCAAUCAAACUGAUGGAGGCUUCGGCUCCAAACCAGGUGCUGAGUCACAUGCCGGCCUCACCUAUUGCUGCGUGGGUUUAUUGUCGCUGACACAGCGUUUGCAUCUUCUGGACGUGGACAAACUAGGCUGGUGGCUCUGCGAGCGUCAGUUGCCUUCAGGUGGCCUUAAUGGACGACCCGAGAAGCUGCCCGAUGUCUGCUAUUCGUGGUGGGUGCUUUCAUCGUUGACCAUUAUGGGUCGAUUGCAUUGGAUUAGCUCGGAGAAGCUGCAGCAAUUCAUUCUGUCAUGCCAGGAUUUGGAAACGGGAGGUUUCUCUGAUCGCACUGGCAACAUGCCUGAUAUAUUCCAUACGCUGUUUGGCAUUGGUGGCCUCUCGUUGCUGGGCCAUCCAGAUCUGAAACUCAUCAAUCCCACGCUAUGCAUGCCACAAUACAUCAUCGAUAGAUUGGGCAUCAAGCCGCAACGUCUGACGCUGGCGUAGACACAACACGAUAUUAGUACGAAAGCUAAAGCCAAUGUUAAAUAUGAUUAAAAUAUUUUAAAGAGCAGGCGCCUUUUCCAAAAACAUCCUUUGUAAUCUUCUCUUCUACAUACUGCACAUUUUUUGUUUGUUAUGCAUUUAUAAAACUCGUAUAAGCAAUAUGAUAAAUUCAUAUAUUUAUACAUAACAUAUUAAUAGAGCCUCUCUAAGUAAAGCGUGUACAAUAUUUCUUGUAUUAUGUAGAGAAAAAAAUGAAAUAAAGACACUAUUUUAUUAUUGCAUGCGGAUCAAAAGAAUAAAUA